GCUCUGGAAUCCUCAGCUUUUUCGCAUAGCUAGUGAGAACGUCAGACAGCACGGUUUACUGCAUCGAGCGAUCUUUGUUUGCACUGUCCGUCCGGAUACCGUGUGUGCACUGGUGAAAAUUCUAAGAUUGGAAAUUGGUAAAGAAGGGAUCUAAUCUAAUCGUUGGUGGAUUCGAAGAAAACGCAACCGGAAACGAAUUUGCAUUGAAUCAAUUAAUCAAUUAUUGUGAUAAAUAGCCAAUUUUAUCGGAUUUAAUGUGUUAAGGUUGUUACGUAACGGUUGUAGUUGCAAGUUUACCCAAAUUCUAUCUACAGUGACCACAUAUAUUAGCUGAUCCGGAGGAGUGCAAUAAAAAGAUCAAAAUGACGUCGAUAAACGUGGACAAGUAUAAGCUGUCUGACAAGACGGCCAAACUCACAGCUAAAGACAUCAUACCCGUGAUCCAAUCGUCGGAUUCAGCAGAAACUCGGGAGUUUCUGCAGAAGGUUAUGGAACUACUCAUUGAUUACGUCAACAUCCAGAAUGACCGCAAGGAAAAGAUUUUGGAUUUCCACCAUCCAGAGGAUAUGAAGAAGUUACUCGACCUGGAUGUACCCGAUGAUGCUGUCAGUCUGCAACAACUUGUUAAGGACUGUGCCGUAACGCUGAAAUAUCAAGUGAAGACGGGUCAUCCCCACUUCUUCAACCAACUCUCCAGCGGUUUGGACGUGGUUUCAAUGGCGGGUGAAUGGCUUACCGCGACCGCUAACACAAACAUGUUCACGUAUGAGAUUGCACCGGUGUUUAUCCUGAUGGAAAAUGUGGUUCUAUCAAAAAUGCGCGAAAUCAUUGGAUGGAAAGGUGGCGAUUCGAUUCUCGCUCCCGGAGGUUCUAUUUCCAAUUUGUACGCUUUCCUGGCCGCUCGGCAUAAGAUGUUCCCAGGCUACAAAGACCAUGGAGCCCGUGCCUUACCCGGUGAAUUGGUUAUGUUCACCUCGGACCAGUGUCAUUACUCGGUGAAAUCCUGUGCCGCCGUUGGUGGACUUGGAACCGACAACUGUGUCAUGGUUCCUUCGGAUGAAUACGGCAGAAUCAUUCCUUCCGAGCUGGAGCGCCUCAUUUUGGAACGGAAAGCACGUGGCCAGAUUCCGUUCUUCGUCAAUGCCACUGCUGGAACCACGGUGCUGGGAUCAUUUGACCCAUUGAAUGCGUUAGCCGACAUCUGUGAAAAAUACAACUGCUGGUUCCAUGUCGACGCUGCAUGGGGCGGUGGCUUAUUGUUUUCGAAGAAGUAUCGCCAUCCAAGAUUCUCCGGAGUAGAACGAGCGGACUCGGUCACCUGGAAUCCACACAAGUUGAUGGGAGCUCUGCUGCAGUGCUCAACUAUUCACUUCAAAGAAGAUGGACUUUUGAUCAGUUGUAAUCAGAUGUCCGCAGAGUAUCUAUUCAUGACCGACAAGCUGUACGACAUCAGUUACGACACAGGCGACAAGGUCAUCCAAUGUGGACGUCACAACGAUAUUUUCAAAUUAUGGCUACAGUGGCGUUCCAAGGGUACCGAUGGCUUCGAGAAGGCAAUGGACCAACUGAUGGAGCUAGCCGAAUACCAAGUGAAGCGAAUCCGAGAGCAAUCAGACAAAUUUUACCUGAUCAUGGAACCAGAGUGCGUGAACGUUUCAUUCUGGUACAUCCCGAAGAGACUGCGUGGAGUUCCUCAUGAUGCUAAGAAGGAAAAGGAGCUCGGCAAAAUCUGCCCCAUCAUCAAAUCUCGAAUGAUGCAGUCCGGCACUCUGAUGGUUGGUUAUCAGCCAGACGAUCGACGUCCUAACUUCUUCCGGUCAAUUAUCUCUUCAAUAGCCGUUAUCAAAUCGGACGUCGAUUUCAUGCUCAACGAAAUUGAUCGUCUUGGUCAGGAUUUGUAAGGUGGAAAUAGCAAUAAUUUAUUGGAUCGUUAGCCAACUAGUCUUAAAUUACAAGACCGUCUCUCCCGUAUGGAGAGCAAACUUGGCGUUUGAAAUCGAUAAGAAACUGCCCAGAUGAAAAGGUAGAGACAGUUUCAUUAAACUCUAGCGAAAUACCACAUAUUUGUCAACCAAUGAGUAUCAUUUGCAAUGACAUAUCAAAGGCAAAAUACCGUAACAAAUAAGUUAACUUCCGUUCAGUAAUUGUUGAUGCUGGAAAUUUAAAGAAAUUUAAAUACCUAAGGAUGCAUACUAAUAUGGGAAAAAAAAUAAGUUUAACUCCAAAUUGAUUGUUACUUCUGUUAAGUUGAACAAACUAAAAACAUCCAGUAUACAUAUCGAUUAUUUAUUAUAGUGCAUUCAAAUUAUGUAGCAUCCAAAUUCCAUAGUUUGAUUGUAUUAUUCAAACGAAUAGACAUGAACGAAGUUUCUACAACAAAUCACCGUAUUUACUGAAAUUGACUGUUGCAAACGAUUAAACCAGAAAGAAAUAUAUAUACACAAUAUAUAUACUAUACACAGAGUACUCACAUGCUCCCAUUAUCUAUAUACAUGUUCAUCCUGUUUCGCAAUUGAGUACUGGUGACAGAAUUCAAUGUACUCUAAAUCUAUGAUUUCACACAUUAAAUUAAUUUGCAAAAUCAGUUUUCAUCGCACUCAAACAAAGGAAAAAAAUGAACAUUUCAUCAAUGUGUAGUGUGCAAUAAAAUGAACAAAUAUUUGAAGCAAAUGAUGAGCUCAACUCAUCAAAAUGUGUGUAUAGUUGUAUCAUAGGAUAUUUUUUAUUUGUUUUUGAAUAUUAUUUUGCCUCUGCUCACGAUUAUGUUGUGAAAAAUGUAAAUAGGACUGCGCAAAACAUACAAGAAACCAAUUGCUUUAAAACCUCAUAUUCCCACAGCCAGCGGAAUUGGAAAGAAGAAUGCUAUAACGACUGAACGUUACAAAAGUUGUUAACUAGAAAUGCGUAAUGAAACUGAUUGUGAGCUUGUUAAUAUCGAGUACUUGCCAAAGAUCUAGAGCACGAUACAGUAUUUAACCUACGUUCUAUUACAAAGUCCGUAUUUGAGUUUAUCCAUCGACAAAUGAAACUACUAGUGACUGACACAAAGUGUAAUUCAAUAUAGCGUAAUUUAAUAAUCAAGUGCUUGAAAUUUUAUCACCUAUACAAAAAGUUAUGUUUGAGUAUGAAAAUUUAUUUAGAAUACGAGCAAAUUGAUUCCAAGCAUUUAUUACAAGUGCGCAAGAAACACAAAAUAAACGACAAAAUCACAAAGUCUUCCUUCGAAUGAAAUGUUAAUUAAAAAUCAUGAUUCGCAUUCAUUCUCAGAUACCUUCUAUCGUGGUGAACCAGGGCAGUGAUAACAAACGAAAACUCUUGACGAACUCGCUUUAAUCAGUAGUAUAGUAUCAAAGUUUGGAUAGAAAGCUCUUCUUCACCAUAAUGUAUAUUUCAUCUCGAGAGUGGUGGGAAUCAUAACUCGUACAUUAAAAAAGCAAAUUAACAAACACAAAUCAUACUAAUUUGUUGCUUAAUUUGUUGAAACAGAAGAAACUUGUUUAAUUAGUAAACAGUAACAUCUUGGUCAAACAAGUAUCAUUAGUAAAAUUUAGAAUCACAUGUACAGUUUCAAAUCGAAACUCUAACGAAAGCAUCUCCCAAACGUGAACAAUGAUGUCGCGAAAGCUCAAUCUUAUUUUUAACAAAAAAAAAACAAAACUCAUUGAAUUGAGCGUGAAAUAAUGUAUAUGAAUAGAAAACAUGUUGCGAAACAUAAAUCAAAAAUCCAAAUAAACUUUGACAGCCCACUAACUAUAGACCACUAUGCCAAGCUAAGAAACACAAUAGAUGUUAUGUGUUGUUACAAUGAUUGAAAAACUCUGAAAAAGCAAUUAAACCUAUUGCACAAAAAAAGUUAAUAAAUAUCUGUAACCCACUAA